AUGACUGUGACCGUGAGUGUGAACGUGACCAUAACUGUGACCGUGAGUGUGGACGUGACCAUGACUGUGACCGUGAGCGUGGACGUGACCAUGACUGUGACCGUGAGCGUGGACGUGACCAUGACUGUGACCGUGAGUGUGAACGUGAGUAUGACUGUUACCGAGAGUGUGAACGUGACUAUGACUGUAACCAGUCGGCACGCACCAUGCGCCACGCUGUUUAAGGUGAAUAGCGCGAGAGACCUUCUACCGAUCGGCAUACCGGAGUACGUGUAUGAAGAAGAAGGUGACGUCACGCUCGGCUGCAUGAUCCCGCUGCAUCGCUUCUCAUCUACGAGUCUCUGCGAUGAGGAUUUGAACGCCGUGCCGCCGUGGACGCCGGCAUUCUACACGUUUAAACACGCUGUCGAUUUAAUUAACAGCAACAGCACUCUGCUCCCUGCAUACUUACCUGAUGUUGUUGGAAUAGUCGGCGAUGGACGUAGUCAUGGCUGCAUUCAAAUGGCUCCUCUCUUGAUGCUCUAUGAAGUUCCUCAAAUCAGCUACUGGGCCACCAAUGACAUACUCAGUGACCGGGCUAGAUACAGCUUUUUCUACCGCACCGUGUUACCGGACAAUGAUCGCAUUCGCACAAUGAUGGAUGUUGUGUCACAUUUCGGCUGGACCUACAUAUCAUUGCUCUAUCAGGACGAUCCACACGGACAUAAUGCGCUCAAGGGCAUCAAGCGGCUGGCAGCGGAGAGAGACAUUUGCCUUGCCGUAACGAGAAUGGUUGAGUGGUCAAUGGACAACGAAGAAGACUACAUUUGGCUCGCACAAGAAUUAAUCGAUAACUGGAAUGCUAGAGUGGUCCUUACGUAUCUAUUCGAACCGUUUCCACAUGGAAUUAUCCGUGCUUUGCAAACACUUGGAGCAGAAAAUCACUUCAUAUUCUUUGCAUCUGACACCUGGGCUCAAACAACCGAUGAAUUCAAAGAAAUUAGGACCGUUGCUCAGGGCGUAUUCGGUUUUGACACUUAUGCGAAUCAAUUGGCUGACUUCAGAGACUACUUUAGAACAUUAAGUUUAGAAACAGAGAAACACAACCCGUGGUUUGUGCAGUAUUUAGAGUCAUAUCAAAACUGUAGCAUAGAUGCGUCAUCUGAUAGACCUUGCAGCAGCACGGACCUCUUUAAGAUGUACCCAGAACUGCCCAACGUUGCCUAUUUUAUUAUUGACCCCGUGUUCGUAUUUGCACAAGCAAUUCAUAAUAUUAGAGAGACGCAAUGUCCUGGUGCAAUUGGAUUUGCUUUGAGGCAGUGCAUCACCGGACCAUUAAUAUCACAACAGCUUAAUUAUGGACAGUUCAAUAGUCCAGCUGGAAAUUCGAUCAUUUUCGACGCCGUCGGUAACGUAAAGGGUAAAAUAUCAAUACGCAAAUUUACAAAAACCUUCAAAAUAAACAAUGCCAAUAUCUCCGGCACUAAUAAUUCAGCCAGCGAUUACGAGAUGGUAGGAGUAGGAUACUGGGACGUCCUCACCAAGUCCUUGAACAUGAAUGAUGACAACAUACAUUGGCCAAAAGACCACACGGAAGAAGGCCCACCUGAGUCUAUUUGCAGCAAGCCAUGUCCAGAACGCUUCUACAAAAUACAGCUGGAGCUGCCGUGCUGCUGGGAAUGCCGCAGCUGUCGAAUCAAUGAGUAUUUGUUAGAGAAUCGAACGGACUGCUUGCGGUGCCCGCUGUACUCGUGGCCUGACGAGCUGCACGGCACGACUUGUGCACUUAUACCUGUGACCUACAUCCAAUGGGGAGAUGCUCUGGCCGUGCUAUUAACUACCAUCGCCGUCGUUGGCUUCAUUGGCACCACCGUAAUAGGUGUUCUUUUCAUCAAAGUGGCAUUCAGUGUGGCGUGGGCUGUCAUCCACCCACCGGGAGCCGAACUACAGAUGCGGAUACCCACUGAGAAGCUGGUCGAACUGUCAUGCAAAACACAGACGGAGGGAUUUCUCACAUCGCUGUCAUUUAACGUCUUACUCACGGUUUUCUGCAGAGGUUAUAAGCAGUUUUAG